AUGACAUCUUCAGCAUUGAUACCGAUUAAUAAUGAUAAAAAUUAUUUUUUACAAUCACCAAAAUCAUCAUCAAAUCGUUAUUCAAUACAUGAUCAUGGUCAUGGUUAUCGAACAUAUUCAUAUGAAUUUGAUUUAUAUAAUUAUGAACCUGAACAAAUAAAUGUUUUACUUGAUAAUUAUGGUAGAUUACGUAUACAUGCAUAUCGUUCACCAUGUCAUGAAUUUCGACGUGAAUAUGAUCUUGGUGGACCAAAUAUUGAAGCAAGACUUGUACGCAAUACAAUUGAUACAUAUGGACGUUUUCGUAUUGAUGUAGAUGUUCGACCAUGUCAAUAUGAUAUACCGUUAGUUAAUAAUAACAAUAAUAACAAUAUUCUAACAUUUGAUUUACAUGGUUAUCGACCUAAAAAUGUAGCUAUUAGAAUAGAUGAAAAUGGUUUAUUAAAAAUAAAUGCACAAAAUUAUGACAAUACAGGUGACCAUCGUAUGAGUAAAGAAUAUUAUCGACAAUAUCAAUUACCAAAAAAUGUUAAUUCUGAUCAAAUACGAGCAAAAUUAGAUGAAAAUCAAAUAUUAACUAUUCAAUUACCACAAUCAUUACCAAGCAGAAGUUCAUCAUGGGUACCGUAUCGUAAUAGAAAUGAUUCACUAGCUUAUGGGAAAAAACCGCAUGGAAACUCCUGCUGUUGUUGUCAUCUUAUGUAA